UCAUUUUUGAAGCUUGUUUUUAUUAGGCCUAAUUGUUUUGUGUUUCUGAUUGUGUAAUUCCGGUGUAUAAUAAAUCGAUAAUAAUGCCGGCUGAUAUCUUGGGAUUUGCUUAUGCGGCCACGGUUGCCGCUGGCGGUGUUUUGGGCUACGUUCGAGCAGGUUCCGUUCCAUCGUUGGCUGCCGGUGUCACAUUUGGCGUCAUUCUGGGAUACGGUGCAUUCCUGACGUCCCAGGAACCACCACGGCCGUUGCUACAAGUCGGCACGUCGCUGGUGUUGGCCGGAAUGAUGGGUGCCAGGUGGGCCCGUUCCGGCAAGUUUAUGCCACCGGGAAUUGUGUGCGUCCUGUCCUGUGCCAUCCUGGCCCGUGGUCUUCUGUUCCACAAUCGCUACCUGCCGUUGAUCGGUAAGAGCGAUUAAAGGGGGAGUUGCAAGGCGGAAAUUCGGUACAAAAUAAAACGGAAUGCAUUGGUGAGGGUAUUUUUUUUAGUAUGGAUUAAGAUAAUAAAAAUAUAGAUUUG